GGGGACCAUUGGGAUUAUAAAUUCCAAAAAGGCCACUCAACUCCCAGAGCCGGAUCCCUGAAAAUCUACUGUCAGCUGCAGUACUUGCUACCAUUCUCAGGAUCCUCAUCAUGAAAGGUCUUCUGCUGCUCACCCUGUCUGCUCUGCUCUGCUGGGUCUCAGCUGACAUUCGCUGUCACUCCUGCUACAAGGUCCCUGUGCUGGGCUGUGUGGACCGGCAGUCCUGCCGCCUAGAACCAGGACAGCAGUGCCUGACAACAAAUGUGUACCUUGGUAAGAUGUGGGUUUUCUCCAACCUUCGAUGUGGUACACCCGAAGAGCCUUGUCGGGAGACCUUCAACCAAACCAACCACAAGCUGGGUCUGACCUAUAACACUACCUGCUGCAGCAAGGACAACUGUAACAGCCCAGCCCCUCGGCCCACCCCGGCCCUGGCCCUUAUCCUCCUGACUUCUUUGGCUGGCCUUGGCCUCUGGCUGCUGCACUGAGACUCACUCCAUAGCUGCCCCUCCUCCCACUUGCCUUAACUUGAGCUGAGCCCUGUGUCCCCUGGCUCCCUACAAUGGCCUCUCCUUAGCUCCCUUUGCUCAGAAAAACAUUUCUCCAGACUCUUCACAUUUCUUUAAUUAGACAAUGGUCUCUCUACCCAUCCUGCCUCUUUACAUCCUCCACUCUGCUUCUCCUGAGUCCCUGCCCAUAUCCCUCUAGACCAUUCCAAAUCUUCCCCAAUAGAGCUCCUCACUCUAUUUUUCCUCUUGCACUCUACCGUGCCCUACUCCGGGAGCGAUGGGGACCUGGGCCUGAAAUUGUCUUCGGUCCUGUCCCCAGUGAAGGCUCCUAGGAAGGACCUGAUGACCUCACUGUCUGGGGUUGAUUCCCCAAACCCUGGCCCCCAUACAUACCCCAUUCCCAUGAUCACCUCUUUCCAUUUUGAGUAAUAAAUGUCUGUGUCUGAUAAA